AACACGAAGGCUUUUAAACUCUCGUAAAUAUGUUGAAAAAUAUUUCCGGGAGAACAUUUUCACUGAUAUUGUUCUUCUUGAAUGGUCUUUCCAUGCUUUUUGGAAUAUCCAUAAUAUCGCUUGGAGUCGUUUGUAUUAUUGAUCAUGGGAAUAUGUCGGAGGUCGUUGGUUCUUCCCUUUAUACGUCUGGGGUGUACAUUCUCAUAUUCCUGGGACUAAUCAUAAUGACCAUAGCACUAUGUGGAUAUAUUGCAGCCGACAAAGAAAAUAUUUGCUUAAUAGUUUCUUACAUUUUCAUCUUGUGUUUAGUGGCACUCCUUUUACUGAUCGCAGGAAUAAUGGUUUUAUCAUUUCAAAAUUCACUCGGUGAAUCAGCUAGAAGGGUAAUGAUAGACACAUUGAGAACUAAUUAUGGAAGGCAUGGAAUAAUAACUGAUGCAUGGAACUUGGUGCAAAGCAGGCUUCACUGUUGCGGCGUUGACAACAAUGGGUGGAGUGUGUAUAAUGGAUCCUGGUGGGAUAUGAUAACUAACCAGGACUUAUACGAAACAAGUACUAAGCUACCAGGUACUUAAAAAUUUAAUUCUAACAAAUGAGCGUUGUAGAAUCGAGUUUGUUCUAUCUGUUUGUACCUCAUUCUUGUUGUGCGAAGAAGCUGGAUGGAUUGACGGGUUGGCCAACAGACGUUUAUCGUGAUACGAAGCGCUGCCAGACGUGGCAGUAUGGACCUCCAAAUAAGGCUUACGGGCCUCACAAUGAUGCCAUUUAUUAUGCUGUAAUUUAUUUAGAUGACAAAUAGUCACUUAUUUAUAGGGAUGUUUCGAGAGUUUGAAAAGUUACAUUAACAACUACGCCAAAGCUAUGGGUGCCUUGGCACUGUGUGCAUUCAUUGUCGUGGUAAGUAUCUUUUCAUUAUCGUUGUGAUAAUAUAAGAAAAGACCUAUAAAUUCCCCUUAUUUUAGAGUAUGCAGUUAAUACUGCGUUUUUAGGCGAAUUCGCUGACAAUAUGCAGAGUCCUAUAAACACCUUGAGCGAACGUCUAAUUAUCUUUGGCAUACUGUUGGCUCCUGCUGCAAAACUGGUUUGCACCGAUCCCUAGUUUAAGAGUCAAUGUUCAAACGGCUGAAUGCGUUGACUAAUUAACUUAUAUUGCAACCCCUCACGAGUUGGUUGCUGUCGAAAACUCAGCAAAGAUAAAAAAGGCUCAUUUGACAUUUGAUACUUUUGGGUCAGGCGUCGUAUCUAUCUAAUGAAAAGCGAGCGUACUGUGCGGUGGUUCAUUCCAUCUUGUCUUGUAGGUGUUAAGUACGGCUGCUGAAGGCAAAGAAUUUGAAAAGACUGAUGAUUUUCGAUCAUGCGUAUCUUAAUUAAGUCUCUAGUGUUAUUUAGGGCUAUCUGAUCAUUCGUAAUGAGUCCUUGGUAAGGAAAGUCAUACUCUGAUAUUAUGGAAUUCAGUAUAUUAAGCUGGCUAGCAAAUGUACCACUUACUUUAAGACACGUUCUUUCCAGCUGUAAUAUAGCUAGGCUGGAAAAAAGUUGUAAAUGUUCAAAUGCAAAUACAGCGACAAUCCUUGAAGUUUUUGAAUCUUCGUUUGACCCGCGUAGGGAGGUGUUGACUCCCUGGCUAGGGGUUCUCAGAAUGCCACAAACCAAUGGUUGGAAACUUUGGUGGCAUGGCCAGGAAUCGUUUGGCAACAAAACAGAUAAAUCCACUAAUUUAGAUCCAUAAAAUCCUCCUUAGAGUUAAUUUAACUGCUUCCAUUUUCGUACAAGCCUAACCAUUGUAAUUUCGCUAGAUUUCUUUCUUUUACUUUUAUCUGUGAUUUUUCGAAGUGAAAUAACCUCGAUAUUUGUUUUUCCGUGCAAAGUUCCACGUUGAUAAGUCAGCUAGCAUUACGGUUAAUGUUUCAUACUGUUUUUUACGCGGAUAACUACACUACACUACACUAUUAUACUAGUAUAUUUCAUGGAGUUAAACUAAGUAGCAUGUUUUUCAAUUACUGUAUCAUCUAAUAAGCUUGAAAUAAUUCGAUUUCAGGAGUUGUAGGAGGACUGUACCUGUUCACAGAUAAUAGUCACUUAGC